AUGACCUCGGAUUAUAGAAUAAAUUAUGCUCUGCGAGCACACAAACGUGACCCGUUCAUUGAGUGGAUAAAGGCUAUGUUAAUGACACCAUUUGUAUUACACGCUAAGCCAAUACAUCCAACGGAUGAUGAUCCGAAUGAAGAACCAUACCUAAUGGAUGCUAAUGUAACGAGGUAUUGUGAAAUCCUGGAAAGUAUUGAAGAGUUGAUUAAUGAACAUAUUUCAAAAACAAAAAAAGGUCUCCCUGAUCAUUCGCGAUUAUCCAGACUUGUCCCAUCUGUUUCAACAUUUCAUACUACAUUACCACUGAAAGAAUCAUUUCUUUUAGCUAAUGCUAAACAUUCAAUUGCUGCACGUCGAUUUGUGCCUCCAAGUUUUAAUGAUAUUCGAAGAGUUUUGAAUACAGCACAGAUUAUUGCCAUUGCACCUGAACUGAAAUUGAUCAGCUUCGAUGGUGAUAUGACUUUAUAUCACGAUGGUGCAGAUUUUGAUCAAGACUCGGAUCUGGUCAAUCUACUUGUUCGUCUACUAAAAUUCGAUAUAUAUGUAUGUGUGGUGACGGCUGCUGGAUAUCACUCGGAUGCAGAACGGUACGAACAACGGCUCUCGGGGUUACUUAAAGGUUUUGAAAGAGCAAAUUUACCAAAGGAGGUUGUGGAACGAUUUUUCCUUUUAGGAGGAGAAUGUAAUUUCUUGUUUCAAUGUCAAGAAAAUUAUCAUUUAAACAUUUAUCAACCUGAAUCCGUUCGCAAAUGGACAUCAGACCAAAUUAGCAAGGUAUUAGAUGUGGCUGAGGAGAAUCUCCAGGCAUGUGUUAACGAGAUGCGUCUUCCGUGCACAGUACUACGGAAGAGCAAAGCUGUCGGAAUUGUGCCAAAGCCAAAAGUGAAAAUCUUUCGUGAACAACUGGAUGAAUGCGCACUCUCUACCCAACAUCGUCUCGUAUCAUUCAUGAAAUCGCCGAAAGGCAAAGAAUUUCAAUUACCUUUUUGCGCGUUUAACGGCGGGAGCGACGUUUGGGUAGACAUUGGGAAUAAGUUGAUCGGUGUACAAAUUCUUCAAGAAUUUUUGGGAGCUAAGUCUCAUGAGACGUUACAUGUUGGAGAUCAGUUCCUAUCUACCGGCAAUGACUUUGCCACACGAAGCCAAUGCUGUACACUCUGGAUUGUAAAUCCGGAGGAGACUCAGCAGGUUCUUGUGGAACUGGACUCACUAUUGAACAUUAAAAAGUCGAUUUUUGAGGCGAAUAGUAAGGUGGCUUGA